AUGGAUCUCCAGGAGACCCAGCGCAUCCUCUCCGUUUACCUGCAUGAACUUGCGGACCUCUUCCAUCGCGUGCCUGGAUCAGCGAUUUUCCUCCGCUAUGUGAAAUCCAGCUACCAAGACGACCCAAUUCGCUCCGCCGUCGAGCUCUUCCUGUUCCUGUUCGCCGUUCGAUACCUGUUGGCUCCGAAGUAUUCCACCAAGCCCGGAGUCGUACCACUUACCGAAGAUGAGAUCGAUGAUUUGGUGGACGAAUGGAUCCCUGAGCCUCUCGUUGGAAAACCUAGCAGCCUGGAAGAGAUGGAAGUCGAUAAACGCACAGUAAUUGUCGGCCCUGUCGGCCCCAAAUCAAAACUCGCCAAUGGCCGAACCGUCAUGAACCUCGGAUCCUUCAAUUUUUAUAACUUCAACACAAAUGAAUCGCUGAAGGAACAGGCCAUCCAGACUCUCCGCACGUACGGUGUUGGCCCCUGUGGCCCCCGCGGUUUCUACGGCAGUCAGGAUGUCCACAUGAAGACCGAAGAUGACGUUUCGGCUUUCUUAGGCACCACGGCCUGUAUCAUUUACUCCCAGGCAUUUUCCACGAUUUCCAGUGUUAUUCCCGCUUUCUCGAAGCGUGGAGACAUUAUCGUUGCGGAUAAGGGUGUCAGUUUCGCCAUUCGCAAAGGUAUCCAGAUUUCCCGAAGCAUAGUCCGCUGGUAUGAGCACAACGACAUGGAGGAUUUGGAAAGAGUCCUCGCAAAGGUCACUAAAGAGCAGGCCCGGAAGCCUUUGACUCGCAGAUUCAUCAUCACCGAGGGACUCUUCGAGACCUAUGGCGACAUGGCAGAUUUGCCCAAGAUUGUCGAGCUCAGAUUGAAGUACAAGUUCCGUCUCAUCCUAGAUGAGACAUGGUCCUUCGGUGUUCUUGGUCGCACUGGCCGUGGUAUCACCGAGCAUCAGAACGUUGACGCAGCCGAAGUUGACAUGAUUGUGGGAUCACUGGCUGGUCCCCUCGUUGCUGGCGGUGGCUUCUGUGCUGGCUCAGAGGAGAUCGUUCACCACCAGCGUAUCUCGGCUGCUGCUUACACUUUCUCGGCUGCGCUUCCUGCCCUGCUCUCAACUACUGCCAGCGCCACUAUCAAAAUCCUCCAGGACAGCCCCGAGACUGUGUCCCAGCUCCGUGAACACACCAAGGCUAUGCGGGCCCAGUUAGAUCCCCGCAGUGACUGGGUUUACUGCACCAAUGCCCCCGAGAACCCUAUCCAAAUCCUGGCCAUCAAGCCAGAGGUCGUUGCAGCCAAGAGGCUAACGACUGAAGAUCAGCAGUUCUUGUUGCAGGACGUGGUUGAUGAGUGUCUUGCCAAUGGCGUCCUCAUUACACGAUUGAAGACUCUCGAAGACAACUUUGAGCCCAAGCAGGUUCUGUUCCCCGCCUUGAAGGUGUGCGUUACAACCGGCCUUACCAAGAAAGAAAUCGAAAAGGCGGGCACGAUCAUCCGUCAUGCCAUCACGAAGGUGAUGAGCAAGAGGAAAUGA